UCGACAGAGAGGGGGAGGAUAGAGCUGAGGUCUGGCAUCUCCCGGUAGUAGGCUAUAUCUACCAGGUCUUGAACACUGAAGGGUCCAACAGAGGGGGACAAAAUAAUAGAAAGAAAAAGGCUUCCAUCGUAGGAAGAAGGAAUCUCCACUCGUUUUAUGCCUAGUACCAUUACCGGAGAAGGACACACGCCGGUUUAGUGUUUUACCGAUACGGAUUAAUAAAACGCCAGACGGAUGUUCGCGAGGAGGGGCGGUGCACUCUGAAGUUGGAGACUACUGCCUACGGAGAGAAGCGCUUGUUCCCCGGUGAAGGUUCGCGCCCCGCAGCCACAGCAUGAAGCUGCCGCCGUGUCUGAUGACGAUCCUCGCGGCGCUGCUCGCUCACUCCGCGCUGGGUCAGACCUGGGUUCCGUCUAUAGAUCUAGAAGGUUCUUCUGGAGAUGAGUUCUAUGAUGAUGAAGACCUCUUCUCAGGCUCUGGAUCUGGCUUUCCAGAGGUGAAGGUCAACCCUACAGCGGUGGGUGUGUCUUUCACCACUGAGGAGCCCCUCCCCCUUUCCACCACCCAGGCCACUGGCCCCGCCCCCUCAGCCCCACCUGCAGCCGAGCCCAAUCCCAACCCUGACGCUCUCCCCACCCCACUACCCACUGAGGGAGAGGGGGAGAGUGGGAUAGAGUGGGAGAGAGGGAGGGAGAGAGAGAGGGAGAGGGAAAGAGAGAGAGUAAGGGAGAUGGAGCGGGAGAGAGAACGAGAGCGGGAGAGGGAUAGAGAGAGGGAGAGAGAAAAGGAGAGGGAGAGAGAACGAGAGAGAGAGAGGCAACGGGAAAUAGAGAGGGAACGAGAAAGAGAACGUGAAAGAGCGAGAGCCGCCCAGACCACCAUCUCACCCCGUGGCCCGGCGGCUGUUCCCAUGGCGACCACCAGCACAGCGACGCCUCUGGCGGAGAGCGCAGCACCCUCUAGUGGCGUGCAGGACCUGGUCACCACAGAAGAAGAGGACGAGGAUGUCUACCUGUCCCCAGACCCCACCACCAGUAUGCCUAUGGAGACCACCACAGAAGAAGAAGAAGAGGAAGAAGUGACCACUACAGAGACAGAGACCACACCCCUCCCAGAGACAACAGCUCCACCCACUAUGAUUGGCCCAGCCCUAACUGAGAGGUCUAGCUCCACCCCCUUUAGGCCCAGUGUUCUGGUGACCACGCCUACUAAAGCCACACCCACAGAGAGGAGCACACGCCCACAGCAGCCCUCUACGACAAUGAACAAUGAAUUAGGGGUUAAUGGACCCAGCGGAGACUUUGAGAUCCGGGAGGAGGACCGUCGCCAGGGCAAUGAGGUUGUUGGGCGUGGCCGUGGCAUGGAGACUGGGGCAGAACCUGAUCUGAUUGGCAACACAAUUAACACAGGAAGUUCUGCCGCUCAACUUCCUCAGAAGAACAUCUUGGAGAGGAAGGAGGUUCUGAUAGCGGUGAUAGUGGGGGGCGUGGUGGGGGCCCUGUUCGCAGCGUUCCUGGUCAUGUUGCUGGUGUACAGGAUGAAGAAGAAAGAUGAAGGCAGCUACACGCUGGAGGAACCCAAGCAGGCCACCGUCACCUACCAGAAAGCUGACAAACAGGAGGAGUUCUACGCAUAACACACAGAGAGAGAGAGAUGCUUAUUUCUCCAGCUGCCUUCCCGUCCUGUCGCUUCACAUCUCCUUCCUAUCCUUCUCCCAUAUCUUCCUCCCUCUCUUUUCUCCUAUGCUCCUGUCCUCCAUGUCAGUUGUUCCUGAGAGUGCCCGUCUCUCCAUGGACUCAAACAUUUCUUUAAAAAAUAUAAAUACAUUUAAAAAAAAUAACAAAAUAAAUAUAUCAGCUGGGAAAAAAUACAUAAAAACGUGAUACACAAUUUUUUUUAUUUUUAAGUAAAUGUUAUUGAUAUUAUAUGAUUAUUGUUCUGAUGAUGUAAUGAACUGAUUAUUUUGUAAAAACACAAGCUCUUAUCCGGUGUUCCAGCACAAUACUCUAGUGUCUGUUCCACGGAGCGAAUGAGCCAAGUGAAAGAGGGAUGGUGGAGAAGAAGAGACAGAGACAAACAGAGGAAAGAGAGUGUCAUCUGAUUGGCCACACAGACACUGGGGUCAAAGGUUAGAGGAAAGGUCUCUAUUGUAGUGCCUUCCAUUGUCCUGGUGCUCUCUCUCUCUCUCACACACACACACACACACACACACACACACACACACACACACACACACACACACACACACACACACACACACACAUGGCUUGGACCCCUCUCUCUGUGCUUGGCCAAUCAGAGUAGGGGAACCCUCCCACAACGCUCUGACAACCUCAGGACAACGUUGUGGCAGCAUUCACUGGUAGUUAGCAAGGGAUUCUAACCAGGGAUAUAGUGUUAAAUAAAAUGGUGGGUAAACAAACCGCUGGGGUAACAUAAACGUUAGCUAAUGCUAACAACGCUACCUGAUCGUAGUAGUUGUGUAAACACUGUUCACCAAGUAAAGGGGUGUUUAAACAACAGAUUACGAGUGUUUACCCUCCGCUACAUCCCUGGGUUGUAUUCAUUAGGCACCAACAAAGAAAACAGACUGAAACAGGGAGAAGGACUACCUGGACCUAAGACUACCUGGUCCAAUAAGAAAUGCACAUUUCCGUAUUCCAUUGCAAAAUGUUUUACAACGUUUUCCGUUGUGUGUCAAUGAAUACGACCCUGGUGCUGUAUGCUAACACAGGGCUAGCGGCUAGCUGUCUGGGUUGCUCCUUUACGCUGUACAAAGGUGAUUAGUUCUAUGGAUAGUAAUAAUAACCAAUAAUAUAUCAAUGUUCUGGGCUGGUUGGUAAAUAAUAGUAAUAAUGAAAAUAAUACUCGAACGAACGAAAGGAUGUGUAUUUAGCGGUUUCAAAAGUUUAUAUGUAAAUAUCAUUGUAUGAAAUACUUUUUCUGUCGUUGUCACUAACCAGUCGCAUGAUCACCAUUUCUAUAUCACGUCAAUCUGUGGAGCUGUGCUCUCAACACACACACUCACAAGUACGCACUCACACACUUAAGCAAAUAUACACACGCCUUACAUGCAAGCAUGCGCUCACAAGCUCAAACACACACACACACAAAUAUAUCACUUGCGCUUCAUUGACUAAAUAUAUAUAUAUAUAAAUCAUAUCACUCACUCAACAUAUUAUUAUCAUCAUCCUCAUCACACAAGCUGGUUUCAGUACAUUAUUAAUAAGUGACUGAUCAGUUGCUGGUUGGUUAGAGUUUGGUCCGUUGUGUAAAGGCACAAGCAUGUAUCCAUCCAAUGCUCUGCCCUGCAUGCUCUUUCUUUCUCUUCUACCAUUGGCUGUCUAUUUGGGGGUGGGCUGGUCUUUGGGACUGUGAGGGAGGGGCUUACGAUGCUGAAAGUGGUUCUUCAAGUAGAAG